AUGCCUUUUGAAAGUGUUACUGUAAACCGUCCAAUCUCUUCAACUUCUAUUCUAACCGAGAGCUGCAUCCCAAUGGCGCCGACAGCAGAGAAUGGCGUCAUCUCGCCACUGUUCACACUAGAAGAAGACUCUGAAGCGGCUGUGGUUACGCAGUUGGAACCAACCCGCGAAAUUCCCGCGUGUAUCAUGACUUGCUUCUUCGAUCUGGAUGAUACCCUGUAUCCUGGUAGUGCUGGCCUCGGCCCAGCCUGUGUGAAGAACAUCGAAGAUUACAUGAUUCAACGGCUGGGAUUCUCAGCAGACACAGCAGGCGAGGAGGCCAUCAGGCUGUACAAGGAGCAUGGCACCACCAUGGCUGGACUCAGGGCAGAGGGUUACGCCUUCGACUUUGAUGACUGGCAUGCAUUCGUCCACGGCCGGCUGCCAUACCACCUGCUGAAGCCAGACCCCGCCUUGAGGCACCUGCUCGACUCACUUCCUCAACGCAAAUUUGUGUUCACUAAUGCCGAUCGCAUGCACGCCAGUCGCUGCCUGCGCCUGCUCGGCCUCGAAGGCUGCUUUGACGCCGUGAUUGCAUUCGAGGACGUCAUGGCGCAGCGCCCCUCUCUGCCCUUCUCCCUCCGAAACGACUUCCAUCCCUCAUGCACCUCUGACACCUCUGACGGUUCUGAUGGUUCUGGCAAUCCUAAUGGCUCUGACGGCUCUGACGGCUCUGACGGUCUCCUGGACUCCGACCGCGGUCUGCAGUUGUCCUCCCUGCCUCCCAUUCCUUCCGCCUCCUCCACUGCCUCUCUCCCCUCCACUAACCUGUCAAGUGAUUGCACCGAGGGCAGUGGCAGCAGUGGCAGCAGCUCUCCAGAGCGUUUGCUACCAAUCAUUAUCCAGGGUCAGCAAGAAGGUCCAAAUGAGCAGCAGCAGCAGCAGCAGCAGCAGCAGCAGCAGCAGCGUGGUUUAGAGCAUCAGAAACCGAAGCAGGUGAACCUCCCACAGGUGCCUCCUUUCCGCUGCAACAGUCGCCGCUGCGUCAGCGCAGAUGCACUGGUGGAGCAUGCCUCUGCUCACCCUCUUUCUGCUCACGCUCACCGUGACGCCGCCAGACUGGCAGCAGCUUCUCCAGCAGCAGAAGCAGCAUCACCACCAACACCAACACCAACAGCACCUGCAGCAGCUGCUGCAGCAUCUGCAGUGGCGCAGUCGUGGACGAGUCAGGCCGGGCCGCUCAUCUGCUGCAAGCCCCAAGCUGAGGCGUUCCAGCGGGCAGUGGUUGGCAUCGCACACGCUGACCCGCACUCAUCGAUCUUCUUUGAUGACAGCACUCGCAACAUCGCAGCAGCCAAGAGAUUCGGCAUGCACACAGUUCUGGUUGGAACAUCACAAUUAUCAGCAGGAGCCGAUUAUGCUAUAGCAGAUAUCCAUGAAAUGAGGAAGCAGACUCCGGCAUUGUGGAAAGUGUCUGAAAGUGAAGUGACAGAAAUAGUGACAGAAGACGUAAGAGAGUCCCCAUGCAUCUGCCAUCAAAACAGAAACCUGGGCCUUGUGUUGGCAUGA